AUGUCUUUUGAAAAUUUAGAGUUGAGCUAUGACGACCUGGAAUUCGAAGUUACAAUUGCAGGCACUACUCCUGAGGAAACUGUGGAAUACAUGAGAACACCACGAGUGAAAUGCAAAAAAUAUGACGUGGCUAAAACGAUCCCCUCUGACACAACAAUUCACCGAUACAUGAAAUCGGUGACAGUUAACAUGCGAGAUACACAUUUAGAUCAGGUAAAUGAGGAGAGUAAAACUCUAGUUCUUCAGUUUGAUGGAAAAGAUACGAAGGAAGCUGUUCUCAUGUCAUCAUUGUCUUCAGAUGAUUCAGUGAAGACAAUGCCACUGGAAAUACUAGAGUUUAAAAGCCACGCAACAGGUGAAGGACUUGGUGAUCGACUAGCAGCACUUCCCGUCAGUCACAAAGAUGUCAUCGCUCUUGUCUCCGACACUACUAGCGUCAAUUCAGGAACAGAAAGGAAGGGGGGCGCCUGUUUGUGGUAUCAAAACAUCACAAACUCAGCCCCACUGAUAGUCAUGUGCCGCAUACACUCGCAAGAGUGUAUAGCAAAAGAAGCGCUGAAUAGUCUGAAUCUAGAAGUAUUCGAAGCCCGAGAUUACGAAAUGGAAGCCCCAGCAAGUGUCACAUCACUUGAUGACAAUAUACCCUCUCAGCACCGAGAAGAGAGCAUGGCGGCACCGGAAGGAGAACGCGAGAACUGGGACGUCCUGGGCGAGUACACCAACAAGACCCUGAGGCUGAAGGCUGAUCGCUGGACGAAGGCGAUGCACAAUGAAGAGACAAGGUCCACGAUCUUGGAUUUCCUCGACGGCAAUGCUGAACAGCUAGUAUCCUCCAGCGACGUUCCAGCUGGCUUGAGAACAAAGGGAGUUUAUUAUCUCAAAACGAGUGACGUCCCUCUCGUUCGCGAGGAGGACAGCAGCAAUGUGCGCGAGCAUGUUAUUUUUGGAGACAUUUCGCCGCAGCCUUGCCAGCUCUCCACGCUCAUUGAGGAGGUGUUCAUCCCUCUGCUGGAGAACCCCGGCAACCGAGAGGGAUGGCCGGACAUGGUCAAAGAGGACGUGUCCCGCCAGCUCUACUCUCUCAGGGGUACUGUGUAUCGCAUGUGGGGACAACUGCGAGGACAGACGCUUCUGCCGCUGCCCUUUGGCAUGGAUGCUCUCGAAAAGGCAGAGAGACAUGCACUGGAAACAGGUGAGAUGACCGACUCGCAGCUGAAGAGCGCCAUCGAGGGCGUGGUGAUCAAGUGGGUGCACCAAGUGGACGAGGUGCUCAACCAGGACACGGACGACCUGGCCAGUCCCGACCACUUCCCGACACCGCUCGAGGAGAUCACCUUCUGGAGCAAACGGCGAGAGAACUUCAGCCAUAUCGCAAGGCAACUCAAAGAUAAGAAGGUUAUGAUGAUGUCCAAUAUCUUAGAGGUGACAGAAUCAGCUUACUAUCCAGCCUUUGUCAAGAUGUGUGCAGACGUUAACAUGGCAAGAAAACCGCUCCCGCUCACCGAGUCCCUUCCUUCAUCAGCCGUGCACGAGGCACGCGAUAUCAUGAUCCACCUGACGCCCCUGAAGCCCAUGCUGGAGGAGAUGGAAUCGAUGGAGUUCCAGGAGGCGCCGCCGCUCAUCCCACCGCUCGUGCACUGCAUCUGCCUCCUGUGGGCGCACUGCCCUGACUACCGCAAGCCGGACCGCAUCGUCACGCUCUUCAGGGAGAUCACCAACCUCCUCAUCGGCAUGGGAAGAGCCUUCAUAGGAACGAUAGGAUUUCAGGCUGAGACUACGGAGCCUCUACAGAAGAUCAACACCUGCGUUUCCGUAUUCAAAACCUUCAGAGACAGCUUCGAGGAGCAUCGAGCGAGGGUGGACACGUACUUCCCCGAAGACGAGCGCACCCACGCCUUUGCCCGGAUGGACCAGUUUCUCUCCCGUCUCGCUAACAUCAAGGAAAUAUUUGACAUUGCCAAAGAAUUCCUCAAGAUCGAGAAAGUGGAAUUCGGCGGACCUAAAGGCAAGGUUCUGGGGGCUAGUGUGUCUGCCGUAUACAGCGAGUUUAACGAGGCCUACACCGCCUUCUCCAUCCGCACCUACGACUGCCUGGACCCCGCCGAGGCCGACUUCGACGAGAGCCACCGCCAGUUCAAGAAGAAGGUGACGGAGCUCGAGCAGCGCCUCAGCCUCAUCGUGAACCACGCCCUCCAGGAAAGCCAGAGUCCCGAGGCCUACUUCAAGGUGCGCGGAAGGGCGGCUGAGGCUGAGGUUUCGUGUUGCUUUGUUGGGUCGUUGGUUGCGAAGGGUAAACUGGUUCCCGAGUCAGAAGUGGUUGAACUGCUUGGAAGCAUCCUCGAGCGGCCGAUCAUCCAGGCGGAAUACACCAUCUGUCUGCCGCACUUGCUUCAGCUCCUCAAGCAGGAGAUCGAGACGGCUAAGGAGUUGUUCGAGAACUGGCAGCACAGCAGCGGGAUCAUCCUCGUGGACGAGUCUGACGAGGAUGAAGAAGGCGCUGCCGGAGGCACGGAAGACAAGGAUGAUCAGGCGGGGGAGGAGGAGGAGGCGGAGGGCGCUGAGGAGGACAAGGCAACGCAUCGCUACUUCCCUCCCGUCGUCGGCAAACUCAAGUAUCUGAAGGAGGUGCAGAACCGCGUCAGAAACAACAUGGCUAUGUUUGCCGAGCUGAAGCAUGCCGUGGUGUCGAGCGAGGAGGGCGCGGCGCUGCUGAAGCAGUGGCAGGAGGUGGAGGCGGGCCUGGACGCGUCCAUGAGGACCGUGGUGGACGAGUGGAAGGUCAUCGCGUCCGCAGACUACACCGGCCCGCUGAGCCAGCCGCUGCUGCACCGCUGCCAGGACAACACGCUCGCCGUCAACUUCAGUCCCGAGCUGGUGCGGGUGCUAAGGGAGCUUCGCUACGUGUGGGUCCUCGGCGAGGACCUUUCCGAGGGCACCGAGCUCGCCUCUCGACGCGAGACCUUCCGGAAAUACACCGCUAAUCUGCAACUGGUCACGGACUGGUACAACCACAUUCGGACUAACACUAACGAAGUUGAGUUCAGCCUCAUUAGGAAAGAAAUGGAGGACAUUGAUGCGACGGUCCUGAAGGCAGAAGCGGAACUCACCUGGAAUUCCGAAGGAGUAUGGGAAUACAUCGUGGCGCUGCGGGACACAGUGAGCGACCUGGAAAUCCGCGUGCAGCAAGUACAAGCCAACGUGCGUCGAGUAGAUGACAUCAUGCUGACGUGGGUGUUGAAGCCCAUCUUCGAGAGGCGUGAAGGGAAAAAGGACACGCUAUUGAACCUUGAGGAUAGGGCGGAGAGACUCAAGAAAGUGUACACAGCCAUGGAGAAAGACGGAGCUAAGAUCCGCGGCAUGGUAGACGAGAACAAGCGCCUCCUCAAAGUGCCCGAGGACUCCAGGCACUGGGAUCGCUACCUCCUCUUCCUGGACCACAUGAUCACGCGAGGCCUUGUGGACGGCGUCAGUUGCAGCCUGUUCUACCUGCUGGAUAACUGCGAGUUGAGGGUAAAUCAGUUCCCCUUGCUUGAGGCCCGGCUAGAGCUGCAGGAACCUUACCUCAUCAUUCGCCCUUCGCCCGAAGAGCUGCGCAGUCUGGUGGAGACCCUUGUGGGGGAAAUUCUUCACGUCUGCGACCUCGUGCCCCGUCUAGCUACUCACACUCACGCGUCGUAUUUGCCUGAUGUUGAGAAAGAUGAGGAAGUUUCACAUCUGAAGGAGACGCUGGUGGGGAGAUUCGAGGCAGCGGCGUCCCAAGUGGCCGAGCACCGCGACCAAUUCCUGCAGCACCAAUCCCUCUGGCGGGAUCGUCGCGACGAGGUUCUUGAGAGGUUCCUCACAUCAGAGGAAGAUGGAAAGCAGCCUGGGCUUCCUAAGUUCAAGCAACAAAUUGACAAGUACGAGCAGCUGCACGCCGAGCUCGAGAACAUAGACACGAUGGUGGUGUUCGACAAAUGGCUGCGCCUGGACGUGCGUCCCUUCAAGCACGGCCUGCUGGAGAACACCAAGAAGUGGGCGCAGAUGUACAAGCAACACCUUAUCGCACAAGUGACGGACAGCCUCACCGAGUUGGACAACUUCAUCAAGACGACUGAGGUGGGGGUGGCGCAGGACCUCAACAACGGGGACUACGACACCCUAGUAUCCAUCAUGGCACACCUGGUGAGGGUCAGGGACAGGAUCCACACGACGGACGCCAUGUUCGAUCCACUCAAAGCCAUCAUCGGCCUCGUGCAGCAGUACGGCGACGACCUGCCGGAGACCAUGCACCUCAAGCUGCAGGAGCUGCCCGAUCAGAAGAAGCAGUGUGACCUCAUCCGGCAGCACGUGGCGCCUCUCAAGGCCAAUGAAGUGUCGGUCAUCAGGAAGAAAUGCAUGAAGUUCGAAACAAGGCAAAAUAUUUACAGGGAGAAGUAUUCGUUUUUCAACUACGACUGCGAGCUGCCCUACUGGCGCCUGGAAAGGGUAAACGCGAGAGUGACAAGACUGGAGGAGGAGAUGCACAUGCUGCAGGAGUCUUCCAUGCUCUUCGAGGUCGUCAUUCCCGAGUUCAAGCACAUGAAGUCCUGCAGGAAGGAGCUGAGAUUACUAAAGCAACUUUGGGAUCACAUCUCUCUCGUGCAAGCCUGCAUCAACCACUGGAAGACGACCCCCUGGAGGGAAGUGGACGUGGAGAACAUGGACAUCGAGUGCAAAAAGUUUGCGAAAGACAUCAGAGCUCUCGACAAGGAGAUGCGGGUGUGGGACGCCUACGUGAACCUGGACUCAACCGUGAAGAACAUGCUGACGUCGCUGAGGGCGGUGGCCGAGCUGCAGAACCCGUCGCUGAGGGAACGCCACUGGGGACAGCUCCUCGUAGCGACAAAGAAAGGGGACGGCACAUCCACGGCGGCCUUCGUGGCGAACUUCGUGGACAAUCCCAAGACAACCUUAGCAGACCUACUCGAGCUCAACCUCCACAUGCACGAGGACGAGGUUAAAAACAUUGUCGACAAGGCAGUCAAAGAGAUGUCCAUGGAAAAGAUCAUCAAGGAACUGGACGUGACCUGGUCUACCAUGGAAUUCCUGGUGGAUACGCAUCCUCGCACAGGCGUCGACCUCAUUCGCACUUCGGAGGAGAUGAUCGAGACACUCGAAGAAAAUCAGGUCCAGCUCCAGAAUCUUAUGACAUCGAAGUAUAUUGAACACUUCCUUGAGGAGGUGUCAGCAUGGCAGAACAAACUGUCCGUCGCCGACCAGGUCAUCACUCUCUGGUUCGAGGUCCAGCGCACCUGGAGCCACCUGGAGUCGAUCUUCAUCGGGUCGGACGACAUCAGGCGGUAGCUGCCCGAAGAUUCGGCCAGGUUUGACCAGAUCGACAUUGACUUCAAGGAACUGGUGUCGGAGAUAGUGGCGAAUCCCCACGUGCUGAACGCCACGAACCGCGAGGGCCUCUACCACCGGCUGGAGGCGCUGCAGGCGGAGCUGACGCUGUGCGAGAAGACGCUGGCCGAGUACCUGGAGACGAAGCGCCUGGCCUUCCCCAGGUUCUACUUCGUGUCCACGGCCGACCUGCUCGACAUCCUCUCCAACGGCAACCAGCCCAUUAAGGUCACCAGGCACCUCACCAAGUUAUUCGAUAGCAUUGCAAGUAUUAAGUUCGCCGAGGGUGAGGGCAGUAAUGCCACCACAGCGGUUGGGAUGAAAGCCAAAGACGGCGAGUACGUUGACUUCUGCAAGGAAACUAACUGUGUCGGCCCCGUGGAGAAGUGGCUGAUGAACAUCCUGCAGAUGAUGCGCGCCACCGUGAGGGCGCGGCUUACCGAUGCCGUGGCCGCCUACGAGGACCGCCCUCGAGAGCAGUGGGUGGGCGACUAUCCGGCGCAGGUCGCCCUCACAGGAACACAGAUCUUCUGGACAGUCGAAGCCACUGCAGCGUUUGCGCGUCUCGAAGAAGGCUACGAAAACGCACUGAGAGACUAUUAUCGAAAGCAGGUGCAACAAUUGAACGCGCUCAUCUCCCUCCUGCUGGGGGAGCUGACGCGGCAGCAGCGUCAGAAAAUCAUGACCAUCUGCACCAUCGACGUCCACGCGCGAGACGUGGUCGGGAGGCUCAUCAGCGGCAAGGUGGAGUCGGCGGCAGAGUUCGCGUGGCAGUCGCAGCUGCGCCACAGGUGGGACGAGGAGGAGGCCGAUUGCUUCAUGGACAUCUGCGACGCCCGCAUGAAGUACGACCACGAGUACCUGGGCAACACGCCGCGCCUCGUCAUCACGCCGCUCACGGACCGCUGCUACAUCACCCUCACACAGUCGCUGCACCUGGUGAUGGGCGGCGCUCCCUCGGGGCCUGCGGGAACGGGCAAGACCGAGACGACGAAGGACCUCGGCCGCGCCCUCGGCAUGAUGGUCUACGUCUUCAACUGCUCCGAACAGAUGGACUACAAGUCUUGUGGCAACAUCUACAAGGGCCUGGCGCAGACCGGCGCCUGGGGCUGCUUCGACGAGUUCAACAGGAUCUCCGUGGAAGUUCUCUCUGUUGUGGCUGUCCAGGUGAAGAGCGUGCAGGAUGCCAUCAGGAACAAAAAGAGGAACUUCGACUUCAUGGGAGAGCCGAUCCGACUGACUCCUUCGGUCGGCAUCUUCAUCACCAUGAACCCAGGUUACGCCGGAAGGACGGAACUCCCGGAGAACCUCAAGGUUCUUUUCAGGCCAUGCGCGAUGGUGGUGCCUGAUCUGGAGCUCAUCUGCGAGAUCAUGCUGGUGGCGGAAGGCUUCAUCGAGGCGAAGGUCCUCGCGCGGAAGUUCAUCACUCUCUACCGCCUUUGCCGCGAGUUACUAUCCAAACAGAGCCACUAUGACUGGGGUCUAAGAGCGAUCAAGAGUUUACUUGUGGUUGCCGGAUCUCUAAAGCGUGAUGACCCUGAGCGCCCUGAGGACCAGGUGCUGAUGCGUGCCCUCAGGGACUACAAUGUGCCGAAAAUCGUGACGGACGACGUGCCCGUGUUCAUGGGCCUCAUCGGGGACCUCUUCCCCGCCCUGGACGUUCCCCGUAAGAAGGACCUCGACUUCGAGAAGGCCGUCAAGCAGGCGGCGGUCGACCUCAAGCUGCAACCGGAGGACAGCUUCAUCCUCAAGGUUGUGCAGCUGAAGGAGCUCCUGGAGGUGCGUCACAGCGUGUUCAUCAUCGGGCAGGCGGGCACGGGCAAGACGCAGGUGUGGCGCACGCUCUUUAGGACGACGCAGAACAUGAAGAAGAAGCCCGUGUGCUACGACCUGAACCCGAAGGCCGUGACGACGGACGAGCUCUUCGGCUACAUCAACCCCGCCACCAGGGAGUGGAAGGACGGCCUCUUCUCUAACCUAAUGCGCGACCAAGCCAACAUGGCUGGCGAUGCUCCCAAGUGGAUCAUCCUGGACGGUGACAUCGACCCCAUGUGGAUCGAGUCCCUCAACACGCUCAUGGACGACAACAAGAUCCUGACGCUGGCCAGCAACGAGCGCAUUUCGCUGACGCCGCAGAUGCGCCUCCUGUUCGAGAUCAGCCACCUGCGCACGGCCACCCCGGCCACCGUGUCGCGCGCCGGCAUCAUCUACCUGAACCAGGGCGACCUAGGGUGGAACCCUUACGUCACCAGCUGGAUCGACAGCCGCGAGGUCCAGAGCGAGAAGGCCAACCUCAUGGUCCUGUUCGACAAGUACAUCCCGACUUGCCUGGAAAUCAUGCGAGUCCGCUUCAAGAGGAUCACGCCCAUGCCCGAGAUCACGCACCUCAUGAUGCUCUGUCAGCUCCUGGACUGCCUCUUGACGCCGGAGAGUGUGGCUCCUGACAGCCCGAAGGAGGUCUACGAGCUGCACUUCGUGUUCGCCGCCGUGUGGGCCUUCGGGUCGGCGCUCUACCAGGACGGAAACAUCGACUAUCGUGUUGAGUUCAGCAAGUGGUUCCAGCUGGAAUUCAAGACGGUCAAGUUCCCGUCUUCAGGCACCGUCUUCGACUACUGCAUUGAGAAAGAAAACCUCCGCUUCACGCCCUGGUCGGAGAAGAUCCCCAAGUUCGAGCUCGAUCCCGACACGCCGCUACAGUCUAUGAUGGUGCACACGAGCGAGACCGUGCGCCUCAAGUUCUUCAUCGACCUCCUGAUGAACAAGCGCCACCCCGUCAUGCUUGUGGGAACCUCUGGCUGCGGCAAGUCGGCGCUGCUCAACGAGAAACUCAACUCUCUGCCGGAGGAGUAUGCGGUGUGCAACGUGCCCUUCAACUUCUACACCACUUCAGAGCUGCUGCAGCGCGUGCUGGAGAGACCCCUGGAGAAGAAGGCCGGGAAGAACUACGCUCCUCCGGGGAACAAGAAACUCGUCUACUUCAUCGACGACAUCAACAUGCCCAUGAUGACGGAGCCCUUGGUGCAGGCCGCCCUCCAACUGCACCAGAAGGUCACCAGCACAUUCAUGCCAACGGCCACUAAGUUCCAUUACAUCUUCAACUUGCGGGACCUCACAAAUAUUUUCCAGAGACCACCAGAAACCAUUUCUGAGAUAAUUUGGGAACUGGACGAGGCGGAGGUCAUGGCCAAACCCAACGUCUUCUGCCACUUCGCCCGCGGCAUAGGGGAGCCUCGUUACCUUCCCAUCAAGACGUGGGACGACCUCAACGCCAUCCUGCAGGACGCCCUCACGACCUACAAUGAGCUAAACGCUGCCAUGAACCUCGUGCUCUUCGAAGACGCCAUGGCGCACGUGUGUCGGAUUAACCGUAUCCUGGAAUGCCCCCGUGGAAACGCCCUCCUGGUGGGGGUGGGGGGGUCAGGCAAGCAGUCCCUCGCCCGCCUCGCCGCCUUCAUCUCCGGGCUCGAGGUGUUCCAGAUCACCCUCACCAAGGACUACAGCAUCCAGGAGCUCAGGAGCGACUUGGCCAACCUAUACGUGCGUGCCGGACUGAAGAAUCUGGGCACGGUGUUCCUCAUGACCGACGCCCAUGUCCCCGACGAGAAGUUCCUCGUGCUGAUCAACGACCUCCUGGCCUCGGGGGAGAUCCCUGACCUCUUCCCUGAGGACGAGGUGGAAAACAUUGUGUCUUCAGUGAGGAAUGAGGUAAGGGAAGGGAAGCGUGAAUCCAGUCGGGUCGAAUCGCUUCGUGUAAAUAGUAGGAAAUACAAAAACGCAAACACCAUCCCAGCAUGUCCUGAGCAACGAGGCUUCAACCCGGGCUCAGACGCCUCAGCUUCUCUACCCAACACCGGCGCGGCCAACCCUUACAUCCUAUUACUGCCCAAGUUCUCUCACGACUCCCUCUCUUCACUUUCCAUCCCGUCCCGAUCCUUUGUGGCUUUUCCUACAUUUUAUGAUGGUUCUCAUAAGAGAAGCACACAUCAAGACAAGCUUAUAGUUGUCAUUUGUACAUAUGUAUGCAAGAUCACGUCUGACACUCUAUCUAGAUCAACACUGAUUCGUAUAAACACAGCACUUCUAGAAACACUCGGCAGCAUGAACACAACACAGUCACUGUUCACUGAAAGUUACGUGACACAGCAGUGCCAUCUUGGAUGGUGGGACGUGAGCGUGCGCGCCCACGCCUGA